AGUGCCCGCCCCCGGACACCGGAGGCUGCUGUUGCGUUUCAAGCGAGCAUUUGCGGCCCCUCGGAAGUGUGGCGGAGCUGACCCUGGAAGUGAACGGGAGGGGAGGUGGCCGGGCGCGGGCGUCCUCUGGGCUGGGAGACUUCCCUCCAUGUGGGGUGUUCGGUAGAGCAAUCCGGCAUGGCUGAGGCGCAACAGAUCCGGGUGCAAGAGGCCAUCGACGGCAUGGUGCAGGGUCUAGAAAGAGAGACCAUCCGGAAGAUGCAGGGAAUCAUGUUCAAGUGCAGUGCCGUGUGUUGUGAGAACUCCAAAGCCUCCAUGCAGCAGGUCCAUCAGUGCAUCGAACGCUGUCACACUCCCCUGGCACAAGCACAAGCCAUUGUCACCCAGGAGCUGGAGAGAUUUCAGGAUCGCCUCUCUCGCUGCACAAUGUACUGCAACGACAAAGCUAAGGACUCUUUGGAUUCAGGGAGUAAAGAACAGCAGGUCAAGGCACAGCUGGAAAACUGUGUGACAAAGUGUGUGGAUGACCAUGUCCACCUCAUCCCCAGCAUGACCAAGAAAAUGAAGGAGACUUUGGCAGCUAUUGCUCAGUAGACUUGCUGGCGUUGCAGCAGGAGGGCAAAUGGUCACUCCAUUUUUUAAAAAAAAAACUUGGGAUGGGUGCAACAACUGGGGAUUUGGAAAUGAAGGUCAGGUGCAUCCAGGGUGACUCAGAGUUUGGAAGCCUGCUCGUUGUUUGGUAAGGAGGCUGCCUGGUGUGAGAAUGAGAACACAUUCAUAUGUUUGCAGUCCUCUUGGUCUCUGAUGUGUUUAUGCAGACUACUCAUGAUAGCAGUGUUUCCUGACUGCUGAGAGGGAGGGAAAACGCAUGGCAAAUAUGUGGCAGAGAUGGAACCUUCACAGGUGCUAAUGUGUGUCCUUGGUUAAGUGUUGCCCUCUUUCAGCACUGUCAGUGCAUCCUUUUCCGAGGCUGUUUUGCAGAUAUGUCUCUGACAUGCCCUGUGGAAGCACAUCGGCUCUGUCCCUGUUUUCCAUAGAAGGAGCUAGGAUGCUGCAGCUUCUCUUCCUAUGAUUAGUAGCAGACAUAGCAGUGCUGAAACCAUAUCACGCACUGAUGUGACUACAUCAGAGCUGAGGUCCAGUUUAUGCACAUGGCAGAAUCAGGUGUGGAGGUGUGGUUUCUGGACUCAACCGUUUGUAUGCUUUCAUGUUUAAAUGUUUCCUUAUGGGACACUCACUGCGUAUUGAAAGGUCAGGCGGAAUGCUAGGGUGAACCUUGGCAUGUGAGUUUUGCACAUGUAGGGUGUGGGUGUGUUUUCCAUGCAGAAUAUUCAGUGUGACACCCACACCCCCACUACCAUCUAGCUAAACUGAUAAAGUCCAGGAAAUCUUUGUCACUUGAAUGAUUAGAGGAAACAAUGAGUUUCCAAAACUUUGUGUUUGAAGUUUUGAUUUUGCUGGAAUGACUGUGUUCUGUCAUUGACACAUGAAUAUUGCCAUAUCCCUCUGGUAACACUGGAAAGUCAUCCUAAAGCCAAAAAUAAAAUCUUCUAUUUUUCAACUA